AUGGAGAUAGAUGCAGCCGACUUGCACAAAGUAGAAACCAUCGCUCGCACAGCUGGCUUCGUCAUUGACGGCAGACUUCAAUCAUUUGAGAACAUCUACCUAGCCAGUAAAAGGAGUCGACACAAACGGGAUACCGGUGAUAUUGUUCAAGAGCUGAUAUCGCUGAAAGAGGUGAAAUGGGCAGAACAUCUAAUUCCUCUUUCUCGGGAGAAGAGAACAGUGAUGUUUUCGGAUCCUCUGUAUGCAGAGCAGCUACGUUCGUGGUCCUCAACUCCGAAUAUGUUCAUCCCAGAAGCAUGGGAGAAAGGAUUCAGUGGAAAAGGAGUGACUUUGGCAGUUGUGGACGACGACAUUGACUCAAACCAUGAAGACUUGAAGCUACCAUACGAUCCAAGUAUCUCCUACAGUUUCAUCAAAAAGCAGCCAAGGGGAACUGAUGAAACACACGGUACACGUUGUGCUGGAAUCAUUGCGAUGACAGCAAAUAACACAAAAUGCGGAGUAGGUGUGGCUCAUCAAUCUCGACUCGGAGGGUUGACUGUGCUUGCUGAUAAUCAUUUCCUCAAUGACGCUAUUGAAGGAGAUGCCCUCGCAUAUAAGAGCGAUCGAAUCGAUAUUUAUUCGGUGAGCUGGGGACCAAAGGACGAUGGUCGAUCAGCAGAACGACCAGGUACACUGGCGCAGAAGGCCAUAGAGUUUGGCGCCGUCCAUGGGCGCAAAGGACUGGGCUCUCUGUACGUAUGGGCCAGCGGGAACGGUGGACUAGAGGACGAUGACUGUGCUAUGGAUGGAUAUGCUAGCAACCUGCAUACGAUUACCUUUGGAGUAGCGACACCCGCUGGUAUUCCUCCGUGGUAUACAGAAGGUUGCAGUGCCGUAAUGGCAGCCAUCAGCGAAGACUCUACGAUAAGUAACGGGAUGGUGACGACUGAUGUCGGUAACAAAUGUGUCACAUUUUCUGGCUCAUCAGCAGCAGCACCUCUUGCAGCUGGUGUACUUGCGCUGGUCCUAGAGGCAAAUCCUUCUCUAUCGCAACGAGAUAUACAGCACCUGCUUGUGCGCACCAGCCACAGUGAACACCUCAUGAGCUCUUCACCAGACUACUGGAUUGCUAAUGGAGCAGGACUGCAUUUCUCCAGGUUUUUCGGCUUCGGUGUGCUGAACGCUUUACGGCUAACCACGUCGGCUCGGAACUGGAAGAGUGUUCCACCCAUGUCGACAUGCAGUCGACAGUUCAAUGUUCUUCAUGGAAACUUCAACGCAAAUUCAACGUUGACGAUAGAGUUACCGUUCGAAAGCUGCGCAGAAACUUCUGGCCAAGUGAACUAUCUUGAACGGCUUCAACUUGAUGCUUCCAUUGAGCAUACACGGAGGGGACUGGUUUCACUAUUUCUAACAAGCCCAGCAGGUACGACUGUCCAAUUGCUUCAGCCAAGAAAGCACGAUGACUCUCCCGAUGGUCUCCAGAAGUGGCCUUUUAUCAGCGUAGCACAUUGGGGUGAAAAUCCUCGUGGUACAUGGAGAUUUGAAGCCCACUCUAUGGGUCACCGAGAUUUAAAAGAUGUUCGUGGAUUACUAACUUCGGUAACGUUGACUGUGUACGGUACCAAAGACGAUCCACUGAAGGACAACGCCUUCAUUCUUGGUAUCAAGUGA